AUGAAAUCUAGAUUUCAUCGAAAUGGAAUUUUUGCGCUUAACUCAAGAGAUAAGCUGAUAGAAGAUGUAGAAGGAAUUAAGACAUUAUCUUACAACCACUUCAAAGAGAGAUUUCAAGAACCCUUACCUUGUAGAAAGAAUUUGAAUGGAGUGAUGUUUAAUGAGUUUUCUUUAGAGGAUAUGAAUAGUCUUGAGCCACCAUUUUCAAUGCAAGGCAUCGAAGAUGUUAUUUGGGGUUCAGUUGGUGACAAAAGCUCAGGCAUCCUAAUUUGUGUUAAUCCUCAAAGGCGUUCAUCCCGAGAACCGGUUCUUACAAAGCUUCGAAAUCGGGUUUUCAGAAAUUCAAUUUCUCUUCCUUCGUCAACGUUCACUCUCUUGACACGAUACUUCGUUACGGGAACUGGUCUUUUUGGUGCAUUUGAAUUUGAAUAG